CUUUCCUCCACCCCCUUUCUUUCAUUUUCUCCCUCACUCCAUCCAGAGCAGCCACAUGCUCACUAUCUGCGUCUUGUCUUUUUCUCUUCCAACUCCUUUGGUCUCUGCAUCUGCCCAUUCCUCUCCCAAUCCUUCCCCGGUUUACAUUCGUCUCUCUUGCCCUCCAUCUCUUCCUCGGCCCUCUCCUUUUUUCCCUUACUCCUUCUUGCCCUCCUCUCUCUCUUCUCUCCUCUUCCUCACUCCCACGCUCCCUUUCUCACGCCCCCUGAGGACACGCUGUCCCGCUUUCUUGCUUUCUCUCUCCCGCUUUUCCCCGCUCCCUGCAGCUCCCUGCCCUGGUGCUGACCACGCGCAGCCCUGCCCCUGGCUUUGUGAGGAGCCUCUGCACAGUGCCCAGGGCUGCGCUGCCCAGCUGGGAGCUGUCUGUGGCAUCCGUUGGAGGGGCCCUAGGGUCACAGUAUUUCCUCUCAGGGUGACUUGGCAGUGAUAGGCUGUGUUUCCUCACUUCUGCAAUUGCCAGACGCGCAGAGGCUGGGGCUGGGGUUGGGGCUAGGACGCAGACAGAGACACUCAGUCCCUGAGGGUCCACCGUCCCUGCCCCUGGUGCAGUUCUCCAGGUACAGCCAGGACCCUAUGACCUGCUGACCCUUCCUGCCCAGAAUGAUGGAGCCAAAUGAUUCCUCCCGUGUGGAUUCUGAGUUCCGAUACACUCUCUUCCCGAUUGUUUACAGCAUCAUCUUUGUUCUUGGGGUCAUCUCCAAUGGCUAUGUACUGUGGGUCUUUGCCCGCCUGUACCCUUCUAAGAAACUGAAUGAGAUAAAGAUCUUCAUGGUGAACCUCACCAUGGCCGACCUGCUCUUCUUGAUCUCCCUGCCUCUGUGGAUUAUCUACUACUACAACGAGGGCAACUGGACUCUCCCCAAAUUCCUGUGCAACCUGGCUGGCUGCCUCUUCUUCAUCAACACCUACUGCUCUGUGGCCUUUCUGGGUGUCAUCACUUAUAACCGCUUCCAGGCGGUAACACGGCCCAUCAAGACUGCUCAGGCCACCACCCGCAAGCGUGGCAUCUCUUUGUCCCUGGUCAUCUGGGUGGCCAUCGUGGCCGCCGCAUCCUAUUUCCUCAUCCUAGACUCCACCAACACCAUACCUAAUCAGGCCGGCUCGGGCAACAUCACCCGCUGCUUUGAGCAUUACGAGCAGGGCAGCCUGCCUGUCCUUGUCAUCCAUAUCUUCAUCGUGCUCAGCUUCUUCCUCGUCUUCCUCAUCAUACUCUUCUGCAACCUGGUCAUCAUCCGGACGCUGCUCACCCAGCCGGUGCAGCAGCCACGCAAUGCUGAAGUCAAGCGCCGGGCGCUGUGGAUGGUGUGCACCGUCUUGGCCGUGUUCAUCAUCUGCUUUGUGCCCCACCACAUGGUGCAGCUGCCCUGGACACUGGCCGAACUGGGCUACCGAAGCAGUAACUUCCACCAGGCUAUUAACGAUGCACAUCAGGUCACCCUCUGCCUCCUCAGCACCAAUUGUGUCUUAGACCCCAUCAUCUACUGUUUCCUCACCAAGAAGUUCCGCAAGCACCUCACUGAGAAAUUCUACAGUAUGCGCAGCAGCCGGAAAUGCUCCCGGGCCACCACGGAGACAGGCACUGAAGUGAUUGUGCCACUCAACCAGCUCCCUGUCAAGUCUCUCAAAAAUUAGUCCCUGCUUGUCGAGUCCAGGCCCAGAUUCUUUUCUUCUAUGCAUGUCCCUGACUGAGCUGGGUGUUAAGGUUUGAGCACCUCCUCCCUAGACACUGGGACCUGACAGGGACGAUGGCAGAGCUGACUGCUAGAAAAUCCAGAGCUUGAAUGAGCUCCUCCAUCCAUCUUUGGGCACAUUUUAUAGUAACCUUGGCCUGCGAUCUUAUCCUGAGUCCCCGAGUCUUAUGGGGCUGAGAGGAAUGUCAGGGCCAAGUGCAGAUGUUAACAGCAGACUUUGAGCCUAGUUCAUCCCAUUGGGGCAGCAGCCUAAAGUUUUGAGCAACCACACCAGGUGAUAACGGCAGAAAAGAAAUUUGGGAAAGGGACAUCCCCAUGGCUGUGUGGCACUAUCUUUGGGGCAGACUUUUGAGCUAGGAUGGUACCAUCCUCUCUCCCCUCUCAGGCAUAAAGUCUUUGUGACACCUCCCAGGGGAAGUGGCUCCGUGGAGCCUUCUCCUGACUUACCUAGAAUCCUGUCCUGACUGUUGACCUGAAAAGAUAAAACAUGAACAGUCAGAAAGCUAGGACAGGAGCUCAUUUCCUGAGGCUCUUGCAUCUCUCUGCACAGGCCUCCCCUCAGGCCUGGGUCAGCUGUGGGGAAGUGUGAAAGAGAUGAUGGUCUCGUCCAUCUUUCUUUCUCAACAACAGGCGUUAAGUACCUCCUGUGGGGCAGCUGCCCACUGUGGCUCAGUGGCCCCUCAAAGCUAAAUUAGGGCCCUCCAGGCCUGGCCACCUCAGAGUCCAGAGGCUUCCAUGGGAACAGGUAGUUGGGCUGGGAAAACGUGAGGCCUUUUGGGGGAAGAAGCCCGUCUGUUCUCCUUCCUCCCUGUUCUCUAGGUGUCUCCUCCCAAUGUGGCUUCCAGGAGUCACAGUCCCAGGACGUAGCAGGUAUUGGCUUCUUGUGAGGAACUCUAAAUGCCUGUUUGUGAGUUUUGGCAAAUGUCUCCAACUGAGCCGUCUCUCCUGCCCUGAGACAUACACCUGCAAUGUGAACCUCACAUUGAGCCCCUCCAGAUUCAGGGGCUCAGAGGAGACUUCCCUGGCUUCCAGAUCUCUGUGCUUCUGCGAAGUCUUCCUUCCUUCCAGGCUGUGUCCCCAUGAAGUCAGGACACUUCUUUCCUGUAAACACUGGAUUGCUAAUUUGGAUGAAUGCCUCCCCCUGGAGUAGUAACCUGCUUGGGUCUGGGAUGGUAGCUGUGAGCUGGACUUAGCUGAUGGUGACCAGGUGACUAGUGCAGCAUAUUUGAGCUUCAGUGUCACAGAGACUGAGGUUCAAGCCUGGGCUUUGUCAUUUCCUGUUGAGGGAGCUGAAUUUCCUACCUCUUAGGAUUGUUACCUAGGAGGUAAAACCUACCUCUUAGGAUUGUUAGGAGCAUAAAUGUUGAAGCAGACACCUCUUGGUCAGGGUGACAGCUCAUCCUGGACCCUCCUCCCUUUUUUUUUUUUUUUUUGGAGACAGAGUCUCACUUUAUCACCCUCGGUAGAGUGCCGUAGCAUCACAGCUCACAGCAACCUCCAACUCCUGGCCUUAGGCAAUUCUCUUGCCUCAGCCUCCCGAGUAGCUGGGACUACAGGCGCCUGCCACAAGGCUCGGCUAUUAGGACCCUCCCCUUUUCUAAGAAUUUGUUCCCCUCAGUCCUCUAAUAAGAGCUGAAAGGAAGAGAGCUGAGCGGCUAGGUUCAGGGAUGCUGUUUCAGGCCCUGCAGGUCAUUUGCCUGAAGAUAUAUAAACUCUGCAGCUGUGAAUGUGUCUACAUGCAUGCUUAGCUAUGUGUGUGAGGGGAGGCUGGUUACCUGCAUGAAUGCAGUAGAGAAAAUAGCCCUGCUCAGAAAGGUGUGUACAGCAAAGCAGAGACCAGAGAAAGUCACAGGUGCUUCCUCUCUGGGCCUAGCCCUUCUGAAGGCGCAGCAUCUGUACUCCUUCCUUUGAGAUUCCCUUGUUGGGAUACAUUCUCUUAUUUUGCUUAAGAGGGGGUGUCUAUCACUUGCAACCAGAGAUCUCCAAAGGAGGUAAAUGCUGAUACAUGGAGGAUGCACGGUGUUUUCUGAAUUUCAGUCAUUUGUGUACCCACAUCCCCCCCGCAAUUUUUGCAAUAUGUAUUACCUGUA